UACAAUUUUUAAACGACAAAUACGUUCAACGCUUUAAGCCUCAACGUGAAUCCCUCCACCAACCCUCAACCCCAUCCCCAACCCAUCCAAAAAAGUGGACUUCAACAAUCCUCCGAUGCGCGGACCAUGUGGUGUUUGCAAGACUAAGAGCAUCAAAAGGAGGGAGCACUGCUACUGAAAUCCUGGGCCACUGAGCAGUGUAAAAAUGAAGCCCCACAUUCACCGUUCCACUGACUUCAGCUCAAGACCACUUCUCCACUUUAAUACUCAGAGGAGUCGUCCUGUACCCCGUCGUUGCGUCUUCCCUGAUGAAAUUUCAUUCAACAGCCGCCAGCUUCGCACUUUCAGGCUGGAGCAUGGCCACGUCGGAGUCUCCGUCCGUUGUCGUCAAAUUCCGGUGGACCAUGGCGAAUAUUCUGGGCCUAGAAGGCGUGAUGUUCUUGUCGCGCCUCUCCUGGCUGUUGGCGCCUGCGUUCUACGGUCGGCAGUCGCCAGAGCGGAUGAGAAGCCUCCGGAGGUAGCUCCCACUGCGACUGUUACGCCAGAAGCGCAGCUGGAGGCGCCCGUGGAGGAGGUGAUUAAUUCGAGGAUUUACGAUGCGACUGUGAUGGGAGAGCCGUUGGCGGUUGGGAAAGAUAAGACGAAGGUAUGGGAAAAGGUGAUGAAUGCUAGGAUAGUUUAUUUAGGUGAAGCUGAGCAGGUGCCUGUUCGCGACGAUAGGGAAUUGGAGCUGGAGAUUGUGAAGAAUUUGAAGAAAAGAUGUGACGAGGCAGAGCGGCGGAUUUCUCUGGCUUUGGAUGCAUUUCCUUCUAACCUACAAGCUCUGCUCAAUGAAUAUUUGGAUAAAAAGAUUGAUGGAGAAACCCUCAAAUCUUUUCUUAGACACUGGCCUCCUGAGCGCUGGCAGGAAUAUGAACCUCUGAUCAGUUACUGCCGAGAUAAUGGAAUUCAGCUGGUUGCGUGUGGCAUUCCACUUGAGAUCUUAAGAACAGUUCAAGCUGAAGGAAUUCAUGGACUUUCUAAAGCUGAUCGGAAAAAGUUUGCGCCACCAGCCGGUUCAGGCUUUAUCUCGGGGUUUUCUUCAUUCUCACGCAGAUCACCAAUGGAUACAAAUUAUGCAUAUCAAUCUACUCCUUUUGGGCCAAGUUCAUAUUUAUCGCUACAGGCAAAAGUGGUUGAGGAUUAUACCAUGUCUCAAAUUAUCUCGCAAGCUGUGACAGAUGGUGGAGCAACGGAUAUGCUAGUUGUAGUGACAGGUGCAAGCCACGUUACAUACGGAUCAAGAGGGACUGGACUACCUGCUAGGAUUUCAAGGAAGAUGCCAAAGAAAAAUCAAGUGGUCAUUCUGCUUGACCCUGAAAGACAGCAGAUACGGAGAGAGGGAGAAGUUCCUAUUGCUGAUUUCUUGUGGUAUUCUGCUGCGAGACCUUGCAGUCGGAAUUGCUUUGAUCGUGCAGAAAUAGCCCGAGUGAUGAAUGCUGCUGGUAGAAAGCGGGAUGCAUUACCCCAGGACCUUCAGAAAGGACUUGAUCUUGGUCUGGUAUCUCCAGAAGUGCUACAGAACUUUUUUGAUCUAGAGAAAUAUCCUGUUAUUUCAGACUUGAGUCAUCGUUUCCAGGGCUUUAGAGAGAGAUUAUUAGCAGACCCCAAAUUUCUGCAUAGAUUAGCUAUAGAAGAAGCUAUAUCGAUAACAACCACACUCCUGGCGCAGUAUGAAAGGCGUAAAGAAAAUUUUUUUUAUGAGCUUGAUUACGUCAUCACGGACACACUGAGGGGAUCGGUUGUCGACUUUUUCACAGUGUGGCUUCCUGCCCCGACACUCUCAUUCCUUUCAGUUUCUGAUGGUUUUAGUGGACCUGAUCGCAUGGAAGCAUUAAAAGGUCUUCUUGGUUCUAUCCCAGAUAAUGCUUUUCAGAGAAGUCCAGCUGGGAAGGACUGGAAUUUGAUUCAUAGAGUUGCUUCAGUACUUAUUGGUGGUCUGAAACUAGCAGGAGUUGGAUUCAUAUCUAGCAUAGGAGCUGUAGCUUCAUCGAACGUUGUAUAUGCAAUGCGGAAAGUACUAAAUCCUGCCCUUGCUGUCAAACAUCCAAUUAAACGCUCACCAAUACUGAAAACAGCAGUUGUAUAUGCAUGCUUUCUUGGAACAUCAGCGAAUCUCCGAUAUCAGGUUAUUGCAGGGCUAGUGGAGCAUCGGAUUUCAGACAAAUUUAGUGAUCAAGCAUUUCUUGUAAAUAUGCUAUCCUUUGUUGUUCGAACGAUCAACUCCUACUGGGGAACCCAGCAAUGGGUUGAUCUAGCUAGAUUCACGGGACUUCAGGCUCAGAAGAAUGAAAAGGUUUCAUCUGAGACAUCAGAUUCUCCUGAACCUGCUGCAUUGGAAUGUAAUGCUCCAGAAGAUGCCAACAUUGAUGAAAUCAACGAGCAAUAGAUGGAAACCCACAACAGCCCACUGCAUGGGCUUCUUAUACAACCUUAAAGAAAUGAGUUUCAAUAUUUCCAUCGUUUUGCUUCCAGACCAAGAGUAUCUGGCGCAUCUAUUAGAGUUUUGCACUUCAUAAAAUUCAAUAUAGGGCGAGUGGGAAGAACUUCUUUUCAUGGAUUGUGCUGUUUAUUGGUGCUCCAUUGUUGAAGAUACCCGCAAAAAAAAGAAAAAGCCAGAGAAAAGUGGGAGGAUUGAAACUAUAAUUUUACUUAUAAUAUAUAGGGCAACCUUUAUAUCACAAUUUUUUACUGUUCACAACAUCCUGUGUAUAAAAUGCAACUGGAUGAGUGAUACAAUUUGGUGAAUGAUAUACAUUUGUUUAAGUCCAUUUCAGUAAGCUUAGUGAACA